UCAAGUGGCAUGACAUGAGACAUGUGUGUUCCAAUCUUGAUUCGCCACACAGUGCGCGUUUCACGCCAACAUAGAUCCUCCCUCUUCACAACUCACUCACUCCACAGACCACAGUCCACCUCACUUCACAACACGAACACCUUCCUUCAUUCACAACUCAUGGAACCCAACAAGAAGUGGUUCCUCCCACUCAUUCUCCUCUCCCUCUUCCCUUCCUCCAACUCCUCCCAACGCCACCACACCCCGGCCCCAAAGGAAGUGCCUUGUUUCGUGGAGUCCCAGCUGAGCGUGAGUCCCACAUCGAGCGGCGCGCUUCCCAGAAUAGCCUACUUAAUCUCGGGCUCAAUGGGCGAUGGGGAGAGUCUGAAGAGGACGCUGAAGGCUCUGUACCAUCCCUGGAACCACUACGCGCUGCACUUGGACCUUGAGGCCUCUGCCACUGAGAGGUUGGGCCUCGCGGAUUUCGUCAAUAACGAACCUCUCUUUGCAAUGUUCGGGAACGUUAGAUUCCUCGUUAAGCCCAAUUUGGUUACUUAUAGAGGGCCCACUAUGGUCACUAAUACCCUUCACGCCGUGGCUAUUUUGCUAAGCCAAGCCAGGGACUGGGAUUGGUUCAUUAAUUUGAGUGCUUCUGAUUACCCUUUGGUCACCCAAGAUGAUCUGCUGCAUACGCUGUCGUUUAUUCCGAGACACCUGAACUUUAUCGAACACACUAGUGAUAUUGGUUGGAAGGAGUAUCACAGGGCGAAGCCAGUUAUAAUUGAUCCAGGCCUUUAUAGCAUAAAUAAAUCUGAUGUAUUUUGGUUAUCAGAGAAAAGAAAAGUGCCCACAGCUUAUAAACUGUUUACAGGUUCUGCUUGGAUGAUGCUCUCUCGCCCAUUUACUGAGUACUGCAUAUGGGGUUGGGAUAACUUGCCUAGAAUAGUCUUGAUGUAUUAUGCCAACUUUCUAUCUUCUCCUGAAGGGUACUUUCACACGGUUAUCUGCAAUGCUGAGGAGUUUCGUAACACUACGGUUAAUCAUGAUCUCCACUUCAUAUCAUGGGACAACCCUCCAAAACAACACCCUCAUUUUCUUACACUUGAUGACUUCCAGAGAAUGGUAGACAGCAAUGCUCCUUUUGCUAGGAAAUUUGGCAGGAAUGAAUUAGUCUUGGAUAAGAUUGAUACUGAACUCUUGGGACGAAAUGCAGAUGGUUAUGUUCCGGGCACGUGGUUCAGCCAAGCAAAUUCAAGCAUCAUUAAUCAGUAUUCUGCCAUAAGAAAUAUCACGGACCUUAGGCCGGGCGCCGGAGCUGAAAGGCUUGGACGCCUAAUCAAUGGUUUAUUAUCAGCAGAGAAAUUUCAGGCAAAUCAGUGUUCUUGACCUGAGUUUGGAAUGCCUGUUAUGCUCAUUGCUGCUUUUCCGUCGUCCAACAGCUGAGAGGCAAACAAUUCGUUUCAUCAGUUGAUGCCUGACAUUGCUAUGAGAUCAGACACGAAAUGGAUACCUUUGAAUUGAUGUUCUGCACGAAAAUCGUAACAGGACCACACCAUUUAUUAAACUAUAUAUACUGGAUGAAUGCAACUGUUGUACUCGUUAUGAGAUUUAUAGCAAAUAUGAUAUUCAAUUAUGCAAUAACACAUUGGCAAGAUGGUUGUUAGGCUACCACUGAAAUAAGCCUGUGUAAAAUGUUCUCCAAAUUCUUUAUGCAAUGAAUUACAGUAAAAAUAAUAAGUGUUAAUUAUUUUAA